UUCAGUAUAACUCGGUCUAAUCAAUUCGAGAACAAGUAGCAAUCUCAAAACGCUAGAGUCAAGGACUCAACCUUGCUGCUGCUCAUGGACGCGUACCAGCCACCGCCUCAGUACAUGAGACCACCGCCUGGACCUCCGCCUCCGACGGAUCCUUACCACCAAUACUAUCAGCAUCAGGCGAGGCCACCGGUUCCACCUUCUACGCAGCCAGGUGGUCCUCCUGCAUGGUACCCCAACCAAUUUCAUAACCCUCACUCACCAUCGCCACCACCUCCACCUCCGCCGCAGUGGGGACCACCUUCGCCGCACUAUCCUCAGGGCCAACCUUACUCUUCUGCCGCUUAUCCUCCUCACCAGCCGCCAUUCCACGCUGGUGCUAACGGUAACAGUCCGUAUCCUCCUCCGCCUGCUGGUGCGCCGAUUCCUCCGCCAUAUCCUCAGGCUAAUCAGGAAUGGGGAAAUCCAAAUUGGGGGUAUCAACAAGGUCACAACUCUCAAGCGAAUAGCAACGUCGAGGACUGGGCAGUGAAAGCAAAAGAAUGGGCAGCUGCGAACAAGGAUCAGCAAUCACAAUCUGCACCAAACCAAUCGAGCGGACAAGUCUACCAGCAGCAGUACUCUACUCAGGGCUUUCAAGAUGUUCAUCAACAGGCAGUUCCAGGAGUAAGCUAUCAGCAGCAGUUUUCAGUUCCACCCACAGCACAGCCGGAGAGAUAUCCAAGUUAUUCAGCGGGGAACGAGAGUUAUGCUUCUGCUGGAUUUUCCCAUCAAGAAAACCUGCCUACUAGUUCUGCAAUUCAUCAGCAGGAGGUACCUUAUAGUUAUUCUUCUGUAGCAGGUAAGGAAGAGUCUGGAAAAACAACACAGCACGAGGUGCAGUUAUCAGUGCCUGAUAGUGGGGGUCCUGUUCAUGCAGAGCAGCAUAUGCAAUAUGCAUAUGGAGAUCAAACAGCUAGUAACCUUAGUGAUCAGCCUGUACAGUUUGCUACCAGAGAGAGUUCUGAUUAUGCUAGUGUUCACAAUGCAUGGCAGCCCCAUGCCGCAACCGGAGUAGUCUAUCCUCCAAUGCCUUCAUCGGUGCCGUCAAUACCUCAGCAUGAGUCAUCUAUGGCUAUACCUUCUGUUUCGGGUCAUACCAUGCCUCCAUAUGGAGGGUUUCCCCCACCAAAUCUCCAGCCUGUUGUACCUCCAUAUAAUUUUGGAACAAAGCCGCCUCUGCACCCUGUUGCAGCAUUCAUGGAUGACUCAUAUGCAGCAUCAUCCGUUCCUCCUAAAAAGGCUCCUGUACCUAACUGGCUUAAGGAAGAAUUAUUGAAGAAAAAAGCAGAUCUUGGAAGGCCUUCUUCAGGGAGUUUUGAGGAGAGAGAAUCAAUGGAUGAGGAUAGACAUUAUAAACCUCCUUCGAAAGCUGAUCAGCGUGACGAAAAAAACUUCAGCCUUUCCAAAUCCUCUGACGAAGAAGAAGAGGAGGAUGAGGAUGAGAUAGAUGCAGAAAGAACAGCAGCAAUUAAUAUGGAGAUAAAGCGUAUCUUGACAGAAGUCCUUCUUAAGGUUACAGAUGAAUUAUUUGAUGAAAUUGCAACCAAAGUCAUUAAUGAAGAUCAAUCAAUUCCAAAAGAUGACAGUAAUCAUAAGUUGUCAUCUUCCCUUCUCUCCACAGCUGAUCCACCCCACAAGGCUUCUGCAAAUAUUUUGGUCUCGGUAGAAGGCGCAAAUAAAAAACCUAGUUCUGGCUCUCCAGCAGAUGUGCUAGGUCUUGCAAGCUAUGCCUCUGAUGCUGAUACUGAUGCUGAUACUGAUGCUGCUUCUAAUGAGGAUGCUGAUGAAAAUGAUGGAGUUGAAAGUCUUGGCGUGGGGUCAAGACACAGUGUUAGUCAGCAUCCAAGCACUGAAAAGCUUCCUGAACCUGAAGCAAUGGCCAAUGCGAAAUUGGAUCCAGAAGUUGAAGUCAAUGCUAAUUCCGGCAUGAACAAUAAGUCAGGCUCGGAGGAUAAUUCUCAGAUGCUACGCUCCAGAAGAAAAGAUUAUGAGGCAGGUAGUACCAAAAUAUCAGAUGUAUGUGCCAGCUCUGGACUCGAUGAUGAUACUUCAAAAAGCAGGAAAAGGCAUCCUGACAGAACUGAUAGUGAUAGAGAUGCAGUACUAGAUGAACCUCACAGGAAGUAUUCUGGCUUGAAAUCAGAUUGCAACCUUCAUCAGGAUAUCAAUAAAACUUAUGGGAAAGACUUUAGUGACGAUUUGAGUAAGGAUGUAAAUAGAAUAGAUGAAACGAAAAGUGGGAAAGAGAAGGUAGAUUCUCAGAAUGGCUCAAAAGGUAGAAUGAAGCAGGGGGACAUAAAGACAGCAGAGAAAGUUAAAGGUGUUGAAUCAAACAAAAAAUCUACUGACCCCCAUGUAAAGAAGGACGCAAGGGAAGUAGAGAGGCCUCACAGAACUAGUUCUAAGGAAGACCGGGGUAAAAAGAGGGAGAAGGAAAAGGAAGAGGAAAGGUCAAGACACAGGCAGACUGAAGACUCAAGCAAGGAAAAAAGAAGACGUUCUCCAACCAGCAAUGGAUCCUCUGAUGAUUCGACCAGAAAAUCCCGUUCUAGAAGAAGGAAUGUAUCGCCAUCUCCUGUGAGGUCCAGAAGAAAACGUUCUUCUCCGUCCAGUGAUGAAUCCUCUGAUGAUGCAAAAAGGAAGUCUUCUUCAAGAAGAAGGAAUCGGUCACCAUCUCCUGGAAGGUCCAGAAGAAGACAUGUUUCUUCGCGGUCACCACAUAGCAAGCAUUCUCAGCACAAGAACACUCUCUACUCUUCUCAUGACAAGUCCAGGUCAAAGCGGUCAAGAUCAAGAUCCCCCCACAGGCGCCAUCGUGCUAAAUGAACACUCUAGCAAACGGGUCAGAGACCGUAUCCGGGACAUUGCUGUGCAGAGGCUUGGGAUAAUGCACUGGACGGACAUCGAUAUAACCUGUAGUGAGCCAAAUAGUGCAUUGUAAACAGCUCUUUCCCUAGUUGUUUAAGAAGAAAUAUCCAAAAAGAUUUUUGACUGCUUUGUUGACUUGUUUUGACUAUUCUUGGUUGGUUAAGCGUUACUUUGUAAAAGUUUGUCUGGCAAAAACUUGUUGAUGGUCUGUCUCUGAAACGUUGGAUGAUCAAAUCUGUGUCUUAUCCUCUUUCAAGAUUCUUACAUUCCACAUUA